AAGCAAAGCUGUGGAAAACCGCCAAUAUAUCUCAAGACUGCGCAAGUGUUUGCAAGGUCGAGACAUUUCCAACAUGGUUCGGCACAUCAUAACACUACAACAAAUAAGAUUGUGGGUGUGAAAUACAAAAGAAUUAGAGAGGGAUUGAGGGAAAUUACUGGUACUUUUGAAACAUCCACACAUUUCUACCUUUCCUGAACCGGUUCACCCUCACAUGUUGCGUCUGUAAUAGUAUCUACAUCAUUUUAAUUUACGGCACCAACUCGACAUACCACAAACAUUUAUUGGUUUGAGGUUGGUUAUCAUUUCGGAAGGAAUGCCGGCCAGUGAGACUCGGGAGAAUGAACAGAGAAACCAUGAGACAUAGGAACUUCCAUCAUCUCAAAACCCCCAGCCAAAACCAAGCAUAUGUGGCGCCACCAGUACUGCCCCGUGAAUAGAGAGGGGUCGCGUUUUGUGCUGCUGUAAGCAAACAGCACAGUAAAGUCUGGAAAAGUUAUUAUCCAACAUUUAGUUUUAGAUUAAAGGUCCCCCAUGGAUUGGGAAUUACCAUAUUUGUCCCAUGAGCAUUCAUUCGAAGAAUGAUUUAGUCAUGAUUUAGUUUGAUUUUAUUAGUAAAUUGAUGCCAUUUCUGGCAGAUGUCAAAUGCAGUGUGAUAUAGAGCUAAAUGGUCUAAAUUUCAUUCUAAAUGGUCUGAUUUGGGUCAAGCAGAAAGAUUUGCAUGCCCAACAAUUUGAGUUUGAUUUGAAUUCCAAUAUAAAGUUAAAAAGUGAAAAUAUCAUAUCACUAUCAGUCAUUACAUCACAAAAAUUAGUAUUUGAUCUAAAAAAGAAGCCCAGAAAUAGCCCCACAAAUUAUGCAAUACUAUGCACUCUAAAAUAUUUCAGUACGUCAAAAGUCAGAUAAAAGAGACCACCCAUUGGCAAUGUAAAGAAUGAGAGAAUCCCAGACUGGCCAUUGAAAAUUUAGGCACACAAAAUUGGCCAAGUGUCAAGUGCUGAUGAGAAACAUACGGCUGGUAACAAUGAGUGUUCAGUGCUAGUUAAGCAUCCAGCAGAGCUGCGUGCAGUUCCUACCCCUUAUUCUGAAUCUGCUCCUUGAACCAGCAGCAUCUUUUCCAUCCCCAUUCAUUCAAGGAUCUCAUGCUUUGAUGAGCGUGAUCUCCACCUUUCGGGCUUUCGUGCAUGCUGCAUUUAAGGACCUGUGCCUCAACAAAUCUUGACGGCAAAACUGAUCUCAUCCCUGGAGGCUUACUUGAACAAGGAUUACACAGAUUCGUCAGGGCUAACCAUUCAUGACUAAAGAUCCAAACAAAAGCUGCACCAUGAAGGUACUUUUACUACUCGCCCUACUGACAUUAUGUCAUGCAAAACCAUACACGCAUAUCAACGUCAUGGACUUCAUCAAGCAUCAUGACAUCAUGCAACAAGACGCGGGUGAUUAUGAUGAUGACGACGACGACGACGAUGAUGAUUAUGACAAUUAUGAAGAUAACUUUGUUUCGGACUGUCCCGAAGGGUGUCGGUGCUCAAAGAAAGUUCUCCAGUGCUCAGAUCAGGGUCUGACCAAGGUGCCAAAGAACAUUCCUGCAAACACGUUGCUCGUCGAUCUCCAAAACAAUGACAUCACUGAAAUCAAGGAAGACGAUUUUAAAGGCUUGGAAAAUCUCUAUGCCCUGUUUCUGCUCAACAACCAGAUAUCAAAAAUUCACCCAAAGGCCUUUCGCAACAUGGACAAACUCAAGAUUCUCCACCUGUCAUAUAACUUGCUGACACAAGUCCCUGAGAACCUUCCCAAGAAUAUUCAGGCAUUGCGACUGCACGACAACAAGAUCAGCAGACUUCCAAAAGGAGCAUUUAGGGGAAUGCAAGACUUAAAUGUUUUAGAACUGAGUGCAAAUCCAAUUGCAAACAGCGGGAUUGAAGCGGGAGCUUUUGAUGACAUGGCGACUCUCUACUUGAGAAUAGCUGAAGCAAAGCUUACAGCUGUUCCUAAAGAUCUCCCAUCUUCCCUCACCGAACUUCACUUGGACUAUAACAAGAUCGCCAAAGUGGAGUCAGAGGAUUUUUUGAGAUUAAAAAAUCUACAGAGGUUGUGGCUUGACUUCAAUCAAAUCAAGUAUGUGGAGAACGGAAGUUUGGCUGGCAUUCCCAAAGUCAGAGAAAUUCAUUUGGACAACAAUAAACUGAAGAAAGUUCCUCCAGGUUUGAACAACCUGAAAUAUUUGCAGGUGAUGUACUUACAUGCCAACAGCAUCGCUUACGUUGGAGUAAAUGACUUUUGCCCUUCGAGAACCCGGGUUAAAAAAGCCCUCUAUACUAGGAUCAGUUUAUACGCAAACCCAGUGAAAUACUGGGAGAUUCAGCCACCGACUUUUCGGUGCGUAUCCAGCCACAAUUCGGUGCAACUGGGUAACCACAGAAAGUGAGCAAAACGGUACUAACGCAUACCAUCUUGCCACGGGAGGGCAGAAUUAUAGCUAGUCAUGAACUUCAUUCUAAUUUUAUAAAUUAUCCUUUCAUGUCUUCAUGGUGAUGUACAGAACAUAAUUUAUCCAAAAUCCAAGAGCAUCCGCAGAGACUACAGACUCGUUACUUGAAUUUGGUGAGGAUUUCGAAGAUUUCGAUUUCCAGUAAAGACAGAAUCAGCUACACUGUGUGCAAUAGUAACAUAGGUUUUCAUAGUUAUUGUUUACAUUGAAAUCUUUUCGACUUUAUAAAAGCCAGAGAACAGUUUUUUUAGGAUCAGGUGCUAAAGAAAUUUGUCCCUUAUGUAUUGAAGGUCAAAAAAUACAUUUUAGCUUAAAAGAAACGACUGUCUAGACUCAAAGAAAAAUAAAUACAAUUCGCAAGGCCAGUUCGUUUAUUGUUCUACUUCUUGUAUUUUAGAGAAUGGGCAUUACUCAUUGGUGCUUAUUAACAGUUUUAGUGAUAAAAAAAAAAAAAAAAUUAUACUGCAUGCUAAAUUUUCAUUAUAUAACAUUUUAUUCAUUGCCAGUGUUUUCUCUGAAAUAUUGGACAUGGACAUUCUUGUCAGGUCAUAGAAAUAGUGAAAAACUGACCUGUAUGGACCACCUGGUUGGUUGCAGUUUACACAACAGUUAAUUGUAAGUGCAAACCAGUGUUUUCUUUGCCAGCGGUGCUGUGUUAUUUGUUUCAAAUUCAGAUAUUGUUGUUUCUUUAGAAAAAUAAAGAAAAAUGAAAGAGUAAAUCUUGUUGGAUUCAGAAUGUGUACAUCUGUCCAGCAAUAAAACAAAAUACCACCAGAUGGAGACUUCAGUGUAGGAUUGGACCCGCUCUUCAGGACAUAAAUCUAGCAGUUGGAUAAUUCAAUAAAACUGAAGCCCCGACCUGCAAAAUAGUAGCUAUCCAUGAGAGGAUGUUGUGUUUAAUAUAGCAAGGCAAUUGUGAUAUUUUGUUGAAAUCAGGUUAAUACACUAUGUAAGUAUUAUUGACAUUCUAAUAAAUUUGAACUUGGUCAAAAA